AUGUCCUCCCCACCCCCCGCAGGAAUCUACGUCCCCGUCCCAACUUUCUUCGCGAAACCAAACACAGCCUCCUACGACCCCAUCUCCCCACCUCUAGAUCUCGCAACGCAAUCCCAACACUCCCUCUUCCUAGCCAAAGCCGGCAUCAAAGGUCUCGUAAUUUUGGGCAGUACAGGCGAAGCAAUCUUCAUUCGCAACCAGGAACGACAUGCUUUGRUUAGURGUCAGAGAAAGACGCUCGAUGAGGCGGGUUUUAAAGAUUGUCCGAUUAUUGCUGGGACUGCGACGCAGAAUAUUGAUGAUACUGUUGAGAUGAUUGGGGAGAGUAAAGCUGCUGGGGCGGAGUUUGCUAUGGUUCUAGGACCAGCUUAUUUCGCUCCUGCGACCAGCCAAGCAGGUCUACAGAAAUGGUUCGAAACGGUAGCAGAUCGCUCUCCACUCCCCAUCCUCAUCUACCACUACCCCGGCGUAACCAACAACCUCUACAUCGCCCCCUCAACCUUCGAAUCCCUCUCCCAACACCCCAAAAUCGUAGGCUGCAAACUCUCCCACGGCAUCAUCGACGACCAAACCCUAAUCGCCUGCUCCCCAAAAAUCAACCACGACACCUUUUCCGUCUUCACAGGUCUCGGACAAAACCUCCUCCCCGUCCUCACCAUCGGCGGUGUGGCUGCCAUUGAUGGUUUAGCGGGCUGUUUUCCUCGCAUCGUUGUCAGACUUUUUGAUUUGUUUAAUCGGAGUCUGGAGAAGGGGGUUACGAGGGAGGAUUUGGUUGCUAUGAGGGAAUUGCAGUUUAGGAUUUGUGAGGGGGAGAAGAUUGUUGCUACUUGGGGAGUUGUGGGUAUGAAGGAGGCUGUGGCUAGGAUGUGGGGGAUGGGGGAUAAAGGGGGCGCCAGACUUCCUCUCGCAGGAGGCUUUCAAGAAGGAGAGACGGAAUGGCAGAAAUGGGAGACUGUAUUCGAGGGCUUGAAGAAGUUGGAGUUGCAAUUCCAGGCUGAGGAUGAUAAUGGUGGCAAGUGA